UUCUGUUGAGAAAGAGAAGAGAAGGAGAGGAAAUGGCGGAGAUUGCUGUGAAGUUCCUGCUGGAGAGGCUGGGUACCUACCUCGUGAAAGAAGCGGAGUUGCUUGGAGGGAUUCGCGAAGAAAUUGAUGAGCUAAGGCUGGAACUGGAAAGCAUCCAAGCAUUUCUGAAAGAUGCUGACAGAAAACGACAUGGAAACGAGGGAAUCAAAAUAUGGGUCAACCAAGUAAGACGUGUUGCUUAUGAUAUCGAAGACGCUAUUGAUGAGUUUUUACUUCGCUUUGGAACGAGACAUGCAGGACAUGGUGGAAUCAAGAACUUCCUUGGCAUUCUGUCCAGCGCUAUGACUCAAUUACUUCCAAGACAUAACCUUGCAACCGAUGUACAAAAGAUCAAGAGGAAAAUCGCUGCGCUCUCAGAAAGAAGGCGCACGUACCACAUACAAAUCCUUCAUGAAGAUACGAGUUCGGACUCGACCAUUCGGCAAUGGCAAGAUUAUGCAGAAGCAAACUUCCUCGAGGAAGCAGAAGUCGUGGGAAUUGAAAAGGAUGUAAAGCUCUUGCUCAAUGAGCUUGUGGGAGGAGUGACAGGUAACAAUAAAAAAAUUUACAUUUCAGUAGUUGGGAUGGGUGGGUUAGGAAAGACAACACUUGCAAGAAAGGUUUAUAACGAACCAAAAGUGAAGGAACAUUUCAAUUGCUCUGCAUGGGUAUCAGUUUCGCAAUCUUUUAAUACCAAAACUUUACUAAAGUUCAUGCUAAUAAAAUUUGGAGGAAUAAGGGAACCGAGUUCCUCAAAGGAAGCAGAAGAAAGCUUGCUUCCUUCCAGAGAGGAGAUAGAGCAAAUGAAUGAGGUUGAUCUGGGAAGACAAAUUCACAGCUACCUUCAAGGAAAAAAAAUUAUACUCGUGUUGGAUGACGUGUGGGAUAAGCGAGUUUGCAUCAAUAUCAAUUCAGCAUUGCCAGAGAAUAACAAUGGAAGCGCAAUCAUGAUCACAACUCGUACAGAGGGUGUCACUUCUGAAUUAGAAACAAUUAAAAGCGUAAACUUCACCCGUCAUGAACUGAAAACUUUUCCUGAUGAUGUAGCAAUGUCGUUACUUUGCCGAAAGGCAUUUCUAGGAAGUACUGCUAUUAUGCCUCCGGAAUUUCAGGAAGUGGGUAAGAGUAUGCUGCAAAAGUGCGGCGGCCUCCCACUUGCAAUCGCAACAGUGGGAGGUAUACUGUGUAAGAAGAGGGCUGUGCCAAAGUGGGAGAAGGUAAAUCAAAACUUACGCUGGAAGUUGGGUAGUUAUGAAUGCUCAACUUCCGGGGGUAGCAUAACAAGCAUUCUAAAGAUGAGCUAUGAUGAGCUGCCCUUACAUCUUAAACCAUGCUUCCUUUAUUGUGGUUUAUUUCCUGAGGACCAUUUGAUCAAAAGAAACAAAUUGAUCAGGCUUUGGAUUGCAGAAGGAUUCAUAGAAGAAAGAAGAGGCACGACAAUCGAGGAGGUAGGAGAGGAUUACAUUCUACAAUUAAUCGACAAGAGCAUGCUUCAAAUCGCAGAGACUAGCAUGGAUGGUCGAGUGAAAUCAUGCAGGAUUCAUGAUCUUAUGCGUGAUCUUGCCAUUUCCAUAUCACGUGAUGAGGAGUUCUCAUUUAUACUUGAUAUGCAGGUGAGAAGAGCGAAUGUCGUCAGCCCCCGUCGGAUGUCUGUCAUUAGAGAGAAUAAGACGAUUGAAGAUGACGACAAGAGCGUACUAUCAAGCGCAGUUGGCAAUAUUCAACUCCUCCGUUCUCUUCUUUUUUUUCGUGUGGAUUACGUCAGGACACCUAACCUGGCUUCAUAUUCAGGCCAAUUUAUGUUACUGAGGGUAUUGGAUUUAGGUGGUGCUGAAAUAAAGAAACUGCCGAAGCAGAUAGGACAACUACUCCAUUUGAGGUACCUGUGCUUUCGUACCCAAAGGAAUCACAGGUCAAAACUUCCUAGAUCAAUUGGGAGCCUUCAAAAUUUAGAAACUUUAGAUUUCAGACACUCUGGCGUUCUUAUGCUACCCAAUGAGAUCAUUAGGCUGAGAAACUUGCGCCAUUUAUGCAUGGCUUCAUGCUGUCCCGAAAUGCCAAAGGGCGUGGGCAAUUUAAGAUGCCUACAAACAUUAACUGGUUUGAAUGGUUCAAGAAAAGGAAUUGCCGCAGAGAUUAGGCAAUUGAAGGAGUUGAGGAGGUUGGAAAUAUGGGAUGUCAAGGAAGAAGAUGCUGAAGAUCUUUACGCAUCCAUCAACAGCAUGAGGCACCUUUUUAGGCUGGGGAUUUGGUACGACAAUUAUGCUAGUGAUUUCCCAUUUGGCAGAAGGUUGCUCGAAAGACCGCCACCUCGCCUGCGAGUCCUCGAGUUGCACCGAUUGUCGGAGUUGCCUGAUACCCUUGGUUCCUUCCAUAACCUUAGCAAAUUGAUCUUAGUUGGUGGGCCCUUAAGGGAAGACCCUUUUCCACUCCUGGAAUCACUUCCUUGUCUAUCAGACCUUCGGCUUUAUCGUUUAGACAACGUUGAGGGGUUAAAAUGUGGUCCUUUGGGGUUUCCUAAGCUUCGAAGUCUCCAGCUUGUCGAUCUAAGAAGUCUGAGAACCGUGAGAUUCUUGGAAGGCAGCAUGCCGAGUCUGAAGCAGCUAAGGAUACACGGUUGUCGUCGGCAGUUGAUGCCUCACGGCAUCCAACGCCUCAAACUCGAAGUGCUUUCAAUUAAAUAGAAGAAGACUUUGUGCGCGAAAAUUUGUGCACCGCGCAUAUAAUCAUAUGUAAGUAGAGGAGAAAGAUCAAAUGCCCUCUUUUAGAAAGGUCUUCAAAGAUGUGCUUAUUUGUUGGCGCCUUAGAAUAACAGAUGCUGUAAAUAGUGUCGUUUUUUGUUGCAAGUAUGAGGAACUA